CUUGAUUUGAUUGUAGGGGUGGAGCCGUGAUAAGAGGAGGAGGAAGCGGGCCAGCUCUUUGCCCCCUGCUGUUCCUGCUCUUGCUCUGAAAAAGAAAGAACCCACGCUCAGGCGUCUGCUGGACACGUUAAAGAAAAGGAAAAAAAGAGAAUCAUCCGCCGGAGGAGCGAGCGGGGAUCGGAGGGAGCCGGGAGCAGCUGGGAUCGGGAUCCUCUCUCUUCCUUGCAUUGAUGGCUUCCCUGGGCUUGCCCGGACCCUCCUCCUACCACGACCUCUGCUGCUACGGGGCAGGAAUCGCAGGGAACAUCUUCGCCUUCGUGCUCUUCAUCUCCCCGCUGCCAACAUUCAGGAGGAUCGUCCGGAAUGGGUCGACGGAGCAGUUCUCGGCCACGCCCUACAUCUACUCGCUCCUCAACUGCCUCGUCUGCAUGUGGUACGCCCUCCCCUUCGUCUCCUACGGCGUCGUCCUCGUCGCCACCGUCAACACCAUCGGCGCCGCCUUCCAGCUUGCCUACACCGCCGUCUUCAUCGCCUACGCCGACGCCAAGAAAAGGCUCAAGGUGUCCGUGCUGCUGGCUGGGGUGUUCUGCGUGUUCGGCCUGAUUGUGUAUGUCAGUAUGGCGCUGUUUGAUCACAAGCCUCGGCGAACAUUCGUCGGCUAUCUCAGCGUGGCGUCCCUCAUAUUCAUGUUCGCAUCCCCUCUGUCCAUCAUUAAUUUGGUGAUCAGGACCAAGAGCGUGGAGUACAUGCCCUUUUAUUUGUCGCUAUCGAUGUCCCUGAUGAGCAUGUCGUUUUUCGCAUACGGGGCGCUUCUGGAUGACUUCUUCAUAUACGUUCCCAAUGGCAUCGGCACAGUCUUAGGUGUCAUGCAGUUGUUGUUAUAUGCCUAUUACAGUAGAAAAGGAUCGAGAGACGAAGCCAGACGGCCAUUACUAGUCACACAUACAUGAGCGUGCAAGGGAAACAAGAUGGAUGAUUCUUAGGGCAUGUACAGUACAGCCAUCGCUGUAAGCCUACAGCCUGCCUGCAUCUCAGGGUUGAGGUUCUCUGCAUUAUUUUCCUUGUGUAAAAAGGUGGAGUAGGGCUAGUUUUAAGGUCCUCGAGUCAUUUGUUUAUAUUGUUUUUCCGGUGAGCCAUUAUUUGUUUAUUUGAUGCUAUGUACGGCGAGCAUUAAUGGAUCACUGAUGUGCAGACUUGAUGGAUGUAUCAUGUAUGUGAUCUGUACAAGUGUAGAAUACCAGUGAUACCCACUUCCACA